AUGAAUAUUGGAUUCAUUCGAACAACUAACAAUCCAAAUCGGAGGUUUACGAUUGAUGAAAUGUGGAUCAACACCGGCUUUGACAAUAUUCGUCGUUUACUAGUCGAAAAGUUUUAUACGGACUUAAAGAAGUUCUACAGAGAAGACCGUAUAUUCUUCAAGGUAAUCAUUGGAGAUUUGAACGCCAAGAUUGGACAAAGAAGAAGGUCUGAGGAACGUCACAUUGGGACCCAUGAAUUAGAAUGGAACGAACAGGGUGAGCGUCAAUCUGAGUUUAUCAUGGCGACCAAGACCAUCCGUGGUAACUCUCAGUUCCAGAAGCACAACCCUCAACGCUGGACGUGGGAGUCUCACUAUGGAGAGUAUCAUAACGAAAUAGACCGCAACAUAGUAAACAGGUUUUGCCUAACCGAUGUCGCUGCUGUCCUAAAAUUCUGA